UCGAAACUCCAAAAUUCAUUUCAAUUUCUUAAAAAAAACAUAAAAAAUUCUGGCAUGCAAACAGCUUGAAGCCCCUCUCUCAUUUCUCCUUGCAAAAACCCUAACAGAAGCCCAAUCUGAUGCUAGCCCAUCCUCUGUCUUAGGAACUCAAUUCUAUCUGUAGACGGAAAUCAGGGAAAAUGGGAUCUGUUGUCCCAUUUCAAGACCUCAACCUCUCUCCAUCUGCUUCUACAUCUCUGCCGUCCACCAACGCUGCCGUCAUUACUCCGCCCCCUCUCUUAAUCCCAAAGAUUGAACCUAAACUUGAGCCGCUUGACAGUCUAGUUGAAACACCUCAGUCCCAAGAACCUCAGGAUUCCUUUUUCCCCGAUUUUACCCCCAACUUUGUCUCUAAUUCUGAACAUACCCCUCAAUCCCAAUCCUCCGCCUUCUCCUCCUCUCAACAAGACAAUGUAUACUCCGAGUACCACAGAAUCUCCGAGCUCUUUCGCACUGCGUUCGCCAAACGCUUGCAGGAGCAGUACGGCGACGUUUCGGUGCUGGACCCGGAUUCUCGCGCUAUCUUCCCUGUCGGUGAAGACAAUAGCAUCUCCUCUGUUCUUGUCACCCGACCUCCUCGCCGAUACCCCAAGCGCUCUUCUGAUCUCGUCCGCGUGACAGACCUUGGAAUCGAGGACCAGCGGUAUUUCCGGGGCGUCGUUCGUCGGACUCGUAUGCUAUAUGAUGCCCUCCGCAUAUUCUCCGUAUUGGAUGAAGUGAAACGCCGUGGAGAGGGCCUCGGCCGCCGGGCCCGGGGCGAUCUCCUGGCCUCCUCUGUGAUGCGUGACCGCGGGCUUUGGCUCAACCGCGAUAAGCGGAUCGUGGGGUCCAUCCCUGGAGUUCAAGUUGGGGAUCUCUUCUUUUUCCGGAUGGAAUUGUGUGUGGUUGGACUGCAUGGACACACCCAAGCAGGUAUUGAUUACCUUCCUGCAAGUCAGAGCUCAAGUAGGGAGCCCAUUGCAACAAGCAUAAUUGUUUCUGGCGGCUAUGAGGACGAUGAGGACUCUGGAGAUAUGUUAAUCUACACGGGGCACGGAGGACAGGACAAGUUUUUUAGGCAAUGUAUGCACCAGAAGCUUGAAGGAGGGAAUUUAGCGUUGGAGAGGAGUAUGCAUUAUGGAAUUGAGGUAAGAGUUAUUAGAGGGUUUAAAUAUGCAGGAAGUUUUACUAAUAAGAUUUACGUUUAUGAUGGUUUGUAUAAGAUUCACGAUUGUUGGUUUGAUGUGGGGAAAUCUGGGUUUGGCGUUUAUAAGUAUAAGCUGAUGAGGAUUGAUGGGCAACCGGAAAUGGGUAGUUCUAUUUGGAGGUUCGCGCAGAGUUUGAGGACUAGUCCAUUAAGUGCGAGGCCUAGGGGUUAUCUUAGUCUUGACAUUUCCAAUAAGAAAGAGAAAAUGCCAGUUAUGUUGUUUAAUGAUAUUGAUAACAAUCAUGAGCCUCUUUGUUAUGAGUAUCUUGCGAGGACAGUGUUUCCACCCGUUGCAUUUAAUCAUUCAAGUAAUGGGACAGGGUGUGAUUGUGUUUCAGGUUGUACUGAUGAUUGUUUAUGCUCCAUGAAGAAUGGGGGAAAGUUUGCUUAUGAUCAGAAUGGUUUCUUGUUGAGAGGGAAACCAUUAAUAUUUGAAUGUGGAGCUUUUUGUAAGUGCCCACCAAGUUGCCGGAACCGGGUAUCUCAACAGGGUGUGAAAAAUACAUUGGAAAUCUUUAGGUCAAGGGAGACAGGAUGGGGAGUUAGGUCAUUGGAUUUGAUACAUGCUGGUGCAUUUAUAUGUGAGUAUGCAGGGGUUGUUCUCACAAGAGAUCAAGCUAAGGUUUUCACAAUGAAUGGUGAUAGUUUGAUUUAUCCAAGUAGGUUUUCUCAGAAGUGGACUGAAUGGGGAGAUUUAUCUCAGAUAUAUCCUGAUUAUGUGCGUCCAUCUUAUCCAUCUAUUCCACCUUUGGAUUUUGCAAUGGAUGUAUCGAGAAUGAGGAAUGUUGCUUGUUACAUGAGUCAAAGUUCAACUCCAAAUGUGCUGGUGCAGCCUGUCUUGUAUGAUCACAAUAAUUUGAUGUUCCCUCACCUCAUGCUUUUUGCGAUGGAGAACAUUCCUCCUUUAAGGGAGCUUAGCCUUGAUUACGGUGUGGUUGAUGAGUGGACAGGAAAGCUUUCUAUUUGCAACUGAAUAGGCUAGAAGACUUGUCAGAACUUUUUGUAUGUGAUGUAGCACAGUGUCUUGAAGACAUGAUCUUAUAAGGUCUUAUGUUGCAUCUGCAAUGUCAUUCUGAUUUGAAUGUGUAUGAGCAGUACAAGUGAUGGUCCUAAUUCACUAACAAACCCCAUUUAUUUCCGAGGGAAACUGGCACUAAUGCUUGGUGCAACUUAACAUUUACCAUCCGCUAUAGUUUCUGAGCUUAGUUGGAUGUUUGGUUGUCCCUGGAACUUGUGUCCUCCAUAUUGUUGAAUAUGGAUAAUAAAAAAAAUGUGAUCGUUCUCAUGUUGAUUGUAAUUGCAGGUUGGUAGUUUUGCCGUAGUUUUAUGGGCCACUAUCCUGAAGUAUCUGGUCUUGCCUUGAUGAUUGAUGCUGCAAAUCUUUCAAUGGUAUCAGAAUAUAGAUAGCUUUGACUCAUUACAUAUGCUGCCAUGGUUAUCUUUCUAGUUUCUUCGGAUGAUGUUGGUCUCAAACUCAAAAUGCUCAAGGCUCACAGGUGGUUCAGAAUUUUUUGUUUUCCUAGUUGGGGGUAAGGCAGGGCUCCAAAACCUGGAACUGAAAAUUUUCACGGCUAAUAUUCUACAUGGAUGAUGCUCUUGUGAUGCCAUUGACAUUGUAGAUUAAUCCUUUCACAGUUUCAGUGGAUCUCUAGGAAAUCUUGCACUCACUAAUCCCAUGGGAAUAAUUAUCAGAAGGCUUUUGUAAGCUUGUAUCCAGAACUGUAUGGACUUUUUGUAUGUAGUGGCUUGUACAUACAAAAUACAAAUUUUACAAGUGUGUAUAGGAAAUCUAUCCGUACAUGUGUUCUCGGUGAGUUGUGUAUGACAGUAUGUAGUUGAUCUGAUGGUACUCGUGAAAUGAGAUUCCCCAUGUCAAAUAUUCCAUGGGGCAUAUGUUCUUGUUUUGUCGAGAGGAAUUUUAUCUUUUCAAGGCGAGGAAAUUGAUAUCCAAUUCAAAUGACAACUUUCAGUUUGUCAUCACUCUUCUAUC